AUGACGUCCUUUAUAACUGAAUCUACGCUGAUGAACAGUCAUGCCAGUUCUACGGAACAACAGCCAUUGAAACAACAGGAUUAUUCUUACGAUGAUGAUUUGGUUAUAUCGAAUAAGCAUGCCUUGCACGCUUUACACAAGAGAGUGUUGCUAAUAAAACAGUCCUUGACUGCUUUAUCUACUCGGAAUCAUACCGGAAUCAUCAGAAAUGUGUCUGAUCGACCAGAUGUGCGUUCUACCAUUGCUUCUGGCUCUCAACUUCUUGGCAGGAUUAUGCGUUAUAUUCAUCAACAUGUUGCCAAGAUUCCCCUAAGACAACUGCUGUCAUAUUCUGCUACUGCUCAUUCCAUCACACAGUUUGACCUGCAGCUGUCUGACUUUUCAAAGAUUGCUUUAUCACCAGAUUCCCCUUCUGGUCAGAGUGAUGUUGCUACUGCCUUACAAUUGGAUGUGAAUCAACUUCCUCUACUAUUGGAACAAAACAGCUCGAUACUCGAAGUUCGUAAACAAUAUGUUGAAUCUCUGGUGGAUAUUGAACGUUGUCUGCUAUUCGGUCUUGUAGAUUUUCCUCCAGAGUCCAGAUCUGCUAUUCAUGAUAUUCUCUCUCGUUUACAGGAAUUUAUUAUUUCAAAAUCCGGAAGAGUUGCGUAUCCUGUUAAGCUUUGGUCGGUUGACAGCAGUUCUGUCUAUAUUGACUACAAUGUCAAAAUUGGCUUUAAUCUCCUUGGUAAAGUCUUCAAGGGCGAAUGUGGUGGUCGUGACGUGUGUGUUCAACUGAUCUCUGGCAUGCAAGGACAAGAAUCAUUCGAUGUUUUGGCCAAAGAAGCUGAAUCUUGGUUUUUACUGCAUCAUCCCAAUAUCGUCAAGAUCUGGAGAAUUUGUUUGAAUACCGAUGUCCCGUUUUUGAUUAUGCCACUAAUGCAUACAGAUAUUGCUGCAUUUUUGAAACGCAAUACCAAAACCAGUGUUGAGGUUCGUAUUGGUUUUAUUAUUGGAAUAGCUAAAGGGUUAAAGUAUCUGCACAGUCUUCCUACUCCUAUCAUUCAUGGCGAUAUCAAAGCAAGCAAUGUUCUUUUUGGAUUCGAUGGAACUGUUGCUAUUACUGAUGUGGGCAUGACAAAAAUCAAGUCAUUUUGCAAUUCUGCUUCAGGAAGACGUGCAAGUUCCAUUCGUUGGCUUUCUCCCGAAAGAUACAAGAGAGGAUAUCAACUUGCUCAAUCUUCAGACACGUUUGGAUUUGCCAUGACUUGUUGGGAAAUAAUAACUGGGCAUGUUCCGUUUGCAGAAGAACGAGAGAAUGACAUUGUAAAGGAUUGGAUCAAGGACGGUGAAAGACCAGAUAGGCCUGAGAAUAUUCCAGAUGUUUUAUGGGAUGUUAUAACCGAUUGCUGGCAUCAAGAUCCAGAAAUGCGUCCUUCGUUUGAAAAUAUUAUGACUCGAUUGUCUAUUCUUUCAUACUCCAAAGGUCCUGUCUCCGAGUCUCGGCCUGCUAUGCUGCCUAUUCCAUCGACUAUGCGCAUGCAAAUUAAUUCCGAUGCUAAACAUGAUACCAACAAUACAUUUUCACUUACAUCGCCACUGUUUCCUCCUGCUGCUACUGUAAGCACUGGAGAUGAUGUGAUCCCCCCAAUGCCAUCACAUAUUGAAUCACAUGAAAUAGCAAACAAACCUGAUGCCGAAGUUAUCAAGCCCAUUGCUGAUCAUGAUGAUGAUGCUGAUGUAUCGUCUAUAAAGAAUACAAGCACUGGUGUCGAAUUAGAAACAGACCAACAGUCUACGAUCUCCAGAUCGACUCCAAUCAAAUCUACACCCUCCACUUAUAGUCGUAGACGUUCAAAACAACAAGUGGAAAAGACUCGAACUCCAACUAGUUUAAAACGCCCACUCACUAGCCCGUCACUUCCUCCUUCUCAAACAAAAGUGUCUCGUAGAUCUUUGUCUGCUUUGGAUAAAAGCACUAAAAAAGCACAAGAUUUGUUGUUUGAAACUAAUUCCAAAAAAGUCGCUUACGAACCCAAGUCAAUUAUUUACACUUUACCAGAUGGCGGGGAUUUGGAAGUUCGCGAGGGUCGUAUCAGUGAAAUCGAGUUUAAACAUCUUUUGGAUGCGUUUCCAAAGCUUACACACAAGCUCAAGCUCACCAUGCAGAAUUUCAAUCGGUAUGCUGGAGAAAUGUCAUAUAGUACUUGGUCAGCAUUUAACUCUGCUCAAAGACCCAGGAUUGCUACUAAUUCGGCUAAACGAGUGAUUGCCUUACGGUUUAUUAAGGAUGAAGCCAAGGGUGGAUUUAAUGGCGAAAUCGACAAGUUGACCAUGCUUGAAGGCUUACAGCUUGUGAGUAAUCAGUAUCCGACCAAUAUGAUUCCCGAUGAAUUGUGCAGUUUGGUGCACCUCAAACAAAUUUUCAUUGAUAAUUGUGCAAUGAAUGGCGUGAUUCCCUCCAAAAUAGGAAACCUGACUGCUCUGAUGGAAAUGAGACUGACUCGUCUUAAACUCAGUGGAGACCUUCCUGUUUCAUUGGGCAAUUUGACCAAUCUUACCAUUCUAAAUCUGUCUUACAAUGCAUUUACAGGAUCAAUUCCGCCCGAGAUUGGAAAUCUUGUCGAAUUGGUUGAAAUGUGUGUUGGAUGCAUUUCUUCCUGUCGUUUGGAAGGAAUUAUUCCGUUGGAAUUUGGAAACCUUGUCAAUCUAGAAAAGCUUGACUUGAGCCGUAACUAUCUCAAGGGUCCAAUCAUUACUGAGCUAUCCCAGUUGAAGAAAAUCAAGUACCUUCGUUACGAUCAGCGCAAAGUCAGGACAGAUGGAAAGUCCAGUAAAUCUAAUGAUGCCAAUGCAAAUUCAGCAAACAUGGCUGACACUUCAUCAUCAAAGCUCACUGAUGAGGUUUCCGAUACCGUUGAACUACCUAUUUGCUCUAGCAAAGAGCCAUCUGUAUCUCCCGAGCCAUCAUCUAUAGGAUCGAUUGCAAGAGUACUUGCUACGAAAGCCAUUACUCAUUUGAAUUCCAUCACAAAACAGUUUACACAAGAGAUUCCACCAGGCGACGGUAUGUACAAUCCAGAUCAGCCAGUCAAAAACUCUUGCAGCAGCGACGAUUCAACCAUUGUUGAUUCGAUUCAAAACUCAAAACAAAUGAUUUUGCUUGAAAAAAAACAAGUUGAUUCUGGCAUUUCAGAUGAGAAUGCUCACGAUGUAGCUGCGACUUUGCUCACCAAAAGCCAAGAGUCGUGUUGA